GUAUAGAAUUCCAUUGUAUGAAUAUACCAUGAUUUUAUCCGUUUUCCUGCUGAUGGAUUUUGAGGUUGUUUCUGGGUUUUGACUCUAAAAACAAUCCUGCAAUAAACAUCUUUGUACUUGUAUGCUUUGUGCACACAUUUGGAAGUUUCUCGAGAAGAUACACCUAGUAGUGGAUUUGUUGGAUAGUAGGAUAUAUGCAUCUUCAACGUAACCAGAUAUCACAGAAGCUCUCAAAGUGGUUGCGCUAAUUUUCACUCUCACUGGUAUUGAGUGGACACCCAUUUCCUCACACCCUUGCUAACGCCUGACUUACAUUUUUGCCUUCUCUUUACUGACCAGCUUCCUUAUAACUUUAGCUUGCGGCUAAAUUUGCUUGCAGCCACCUUGGCUUCUGCUCUAGCCCUGGAUUCUUCUCUCACAGCUGACUGGCUCAGUCUUUGUCUUAUUUGGGUCUCAUCAGAUUAAUUCCAGUAAACAUUUAUUUUGUACCUAAUGUAUCCGUUCCUAUGGUUGAUGUAAGAUAAUUUCCGUGGAAUGUUAGUUAGAUGUACCUUUCUAGUGGCAGGUGAGGUGAUUUAAUUAAAUACUUUUUUGCAUAUGAUGAAUGGUUUUUUAAAAAUCUUUUUACCUCUUUAAUGUAAUAUUUGAUAUUUUCAAAAUAUAUGUAGCAUAUAUGCAGGUUGUGAAGCAGAACAAUAAAAUGAACACCUAUCAACCCACCACUCAAUCCAAGAGUCAGAAUGAUCAAUCCAAGAAUCAAAAUGACCGAUAUUGAAUGUGCUCACCUCCAGAGUGACUACUAUCCUGAAUUGUGUGUCAUUCCUUGUUUUUUUUUUUAAAUAAUUUUAUCAGAUAUGUAUACAUCUCUCAACAAGGUAUUGUAUGGUUUCUGUUGUUCCUGAAUUUUAAAAAAGGAAUGCUGGAUACAGCUUUCUGGGGCUUGCUUAUUUCACUCAAUGUUAUGUUUCUUAGAGUCACUGAUAUUCAGUAUAGAUGUAAGUCAUUAAUUUUCAUGACUGUGUAAUAUUCCAUGGGUGAAUAAAACACAGUGUAUGCAUUCUUCUGUUGAUGAACAUUUUGGUUGUUUCUAGGUUUUGCUGUUUUGAAAAUUCUUGUACAUAUCUUCUGGUACACAGUUGCAAGAAUUUCUCUACUUUUCACACUGGGGUUUAUGACCUCCAGGGGAGUCAUAAAGAUUUUCUGAGGAGUACUUGGGCAUAAGUGAUAUUAAUGAAGCAAUUUGUAGAUCAUUAAAUUCCAUGUAUACCUUUUCCUAAAAUUGGUAAUGCCUGAAGCCUGUGAUAGAAACUUCCUGGUUCUAUUUUCCCACCUUCCCUUUCACAGUAGCACUUCUGCCUUAAAUUAGGAAGGCAUACUGCUCACCCACAUGGAAUCCUACCAGGGUAAUGUUCCAGUUGAAAAACUGUCCAUGGAAAACAAAAGCAUAACUUAAAAUAUAUGCAGCUGUAGUGUUAGGGAACACCUCUUUUAAUCCAGACACUUUCCAUCUCCUUGAGCUGCGUUUCCAAUAAAAUGUAAUUUUUAUGUUUAAUUAUCAGCAUAUAUACUAGUUAUUUUUUGAUCGCCUUUAUGCUGUAAUAAUUAUGACAUUUUAAACCAACAUGUCAGUUUUAUUUUAAAAUGUCGUGAUACUCUAGAAAUUCAUCCUUUGCAAUUAUUUAAACUUGGGGCUGAAAUUUUUUAGAUGUUUUAAAGUGUGAAGAAUAUGUAAUUUUUAAACAUUUAUUGUGGUUUGUGAGCAAAAAAAAACGUUGAAACACCACUGUGGUAAGCUGUUUGCUAGAGGUGGAAUUGCAGGGUUAUGGGGUAUGAAUGUUCAACAUUACAAAAUGAUACCAAAUUGUUUUCUGGAGUGGUUGUACCAGCUUUUACUUUGGCAAGCAGUUUUGUCAAUUUAUAUACUUUGAUUAGCAGUAUGUAAGAGUUGUAGUUGAUCUAUAUCCUCUGCAACACUUGUUUCUGUUAGACUUCUUAAUGUUUGCCAGCAAAUGGGUGUGAAAUGAUGUGCAUUGUGGUUUUAAUUUGCAUUUCUUGAUUAUUAAUGAGUUUGAGCAUCUUUUCAUUUGUCUGUAAACCAUCUGUUUCUCUUUUGUUCACAAAAAGGAAAUAGAUGGUUCACAAAAAAAUACCUGGUCAUAUCUUUUACCCAUUUUUCUGUUGGGGUUGUCUUUUAAAACUAAUAAACUGGUAACACUGAUCCUUUGUUGAGUAUAUGCAUUGUAAAUAUCUUCUUCUAGUUCCUAGUCUGUCUUUUCACACUUUUGGUGUAUUUUGGUGAACAGAAGUUCUUAAUUUUAAUGACUUUAAUUGGAAACUUUCCCUGCCUUGGGAUUAUAAAUACGUUCUGCUGUGUUUUCCUUUAGAAGUUUUUAAAUGAUGCCUUUCACAUUUAAGUUCAUAAUCCAUCUGGUACUGAUUUUUGUAUGUGGUGUGAGGUAAUGAUCCACAUUCACUUUUCCCCUCACGUGGCUACAGUUGACCUCACUCCGUGUAUUGAAUUGGCCCUCUGUUUACCAGUGAUCUGCUGAACCACCUGUUUUACAUGUUUAGUUUCUAUAUGCACGGGUCUAUUUCUGGCUCUCAUUUCUGUGCCACUUGUCUACCUGUCUGUCUCUAUGUUGAUACCACACUGUCAUGAUUAUUAAUGCUAUAGCUUUACCUGAAAUCUUGAUACUUGACUCUUAGCUGUUCUUAUAAGAAUCAGCUUAUCAUGUGACAUGAAAAACUCUUUGGGAAUAGAUUCAAAUGGUUGAAUUCAGUUUGGGGGAGACUUGAAAUCUUUAAGAUUUUGAGGUAUGUAUUUCCAUUUAUUUAGGUUUUAGGUUUUUAAUGUCUCAAUACAGUUUUGUAAAUUUUUCCUUACGAAUCUGACACUUAAAAUUUUGAUUCCAAUGUUUCUAGUUUUAUUGCUGUUACAAAUGAUGCUUUUUAGAUUCUAUUUUCUGUUUAUUGUUAAUAGAAAUUUAAUGGAUUUUUUUUCGUAUGGAGCUUUCAAUUUUUUUUUAAGAACUUUUAUUGAGUUACGGUUAACAGGCAAUAAACUGCAUAUAUUUAGAGUGUACGAUUUGGUAUCCCAGUCUCCCAAUUCAUUCCCCCCAACCCUCCCUGCUUUCCCCACUUGGUGUCCAUAUGUUUGUUCUCUACAUCUGUGUCUCUAUUUCUGCCUUGUAACCUGGUUGAUUUGUACCAUUUUACAUUGACCUUCAGUCAUCCACUUGAUAAACUCUUAUUCUGAUAUAUUUUCUGUAAUUCUUUUGGGUUUUGUAUGUGGAUAAUUAUAUCACUUGCAAAUAGUGACACUUUUGGUUCUCCUUUUCAGUUAUUUUCCCUUAAUUUUUUUUUCUUGUCGGUUUGCUGGCACACUUUUAGAUCUAUGUUCAGUGGAUGUGCUCAUGGUUAUUCGUUAGAAGUGACUAUAGAGAGCAUACGUAUGAUUAUAGUGAGUACGUCUUGUUUCUGAUUUUAAAGGAAAUGUUUCCUCCUUAAAAAUGUUUGUUAUGAGUUUCUGUAGAUACUCUUUAUUAAGUUAGGAGAAUCCUUGUUUGCGGUUUUGUCAGUUGCUUUUCUGCAUCUGUUGAUAGUAUCUUGUGUUUUUUUCCCUUUAAUCUGUUAAGUGUAAUGGAUUCCAAUUUAUACAUUUAGAAAUUCUUCACUCUUUUACGUUCAUUCCUAAGAUAAACACAAAUGGAUCUUGUUGGGUUGUCUUUUUCUGAACUGGAUGGACUUUGCUAGUAUUUAAUUUAGGUUUUUGUGUUUAUGAAUGAAAUCACCUGUUGUUCUGCUUUAUUGAUUAUCUUGUCUGAUUUUGGUGUUCAGGUUACACUGGCUUUAUGCCAGUUAGAGAGCAGUCCCUUUUUUUCUGUUCCCUGGGACAGUUUGGAUUGGAGAGAUUUGUUUCCUGAAAGUUUGGUGGCAUUUACCUCUGAGAUCAUUUGGAUCUAAUAUUUUGUGUGUGGAGGACUAUAAAUUGUUGAUAAUUUAGUAGUAAUUAGCAAUUGAAUAGUAAUAGGACUUGAAGCUUUACAUUUUUUAGUCAGUUUUGGUAAAUUUUAUUUAUUAAAAAAUUAUUUGCAUCAAGUUCAUGGUAUAGUCUGAAUUCUUUUUGUAAUCUUUUAUUUGUAGUUAUGUUCCCUUUUUCUCAUUUUGAAUAUUAUUUAUGUGUGACUAUCUUUCAUUAAUUUUGCCAAAAGUUUGUCUAUUUUAUUAAUCUUGGCAGAGGAUAAAUUUUUGGCCUAAUUUGUUCUAUUAUGUUAUUGUUUUUUAGUUCAUUGAUUUCCUGAUUUCCUUUAUGAUUUCCUUCCUUUUUCUUCUUUGAGUCUUUUCUUUAUUAUUUUUCUAACUUAAAUUGCAUGAUUAACUUCCUAAUUUUCAGCUAUUCCUGUUUCCUACUAUAAGCAUGUAAAGGUAUAUACUUCCUCAGAGUUCCUUUUUGCUUUAUGUAACAUGUUUAGUUUAUGAUAUUUUCAUUAAUUUUUGAAUUUAAGUAUCAUUUAAGUUUCUAUUUUGAUUUUUUCUGAUUUACGUGUUUUAAAGUUUUCUUUAAAAUGUGUGUUAAAAUUUCCAAAUGUUUCUUCAUUAACAUUUUUCCUUCUUGUUGUUCAUUUCUUCAUUGUGUUGUCAGAGAAUGUAGUAUAUAUUUUAUCUUUCCAAAAACAUUUGUUUGCCCUUGCUUUAUGGCCUUCUUCGUAGGGAAUUGUAAUAACUAUUCUGUGUCCUUUGACGAGUAUGUAUUCUUUAGUUGUUAUGUAUCUGUUAGAUCAGGCUUGUAAAUUAUGUUGUUCAGAUUGUCUUUAUUAAUUUUCAGUUGUUUGACCUAUCAUGAGAGAGAUUUGUUGCAGUCUUCUGCAGUUACCUUCUAACAGACUUCCUGUAGUUCUAACAAUUUUUCUUUUUAUGUAUUUUGAGACUAUUUGAUUAGAUACAUGCAAGCUAAACAGUAUUUUCCUAGAAGGUUGAACCUUUUCUGUUAUGCUGUGGUUUUCUCCAUGGCUAAUUUUGUGUUUUGUCUUAGGGUCUGUUUUGUCUGUCCCUCCUUUCUUUUGGUGGGAAUUUACCUAGAAUAACAUUUUCUUCAUUUUCCUGUCACUUUUCUAAUGACCUUAGAUUUUAGGUAUCUCUUAUGAAGAGUAUAUUACUAGGUUUUUCUUUUAGUCCAAAUAAUUUAUGAUUUUUAAUUGGUAUUUUUAGAAGUUAGUUCAAGUUUGUUGGUGGUCAACUCAUUUUUUUAUCUAAAAUUAUUUUUAUUUUACCCUUGUUCUUGAGAGAGAAUUUUGAUGGGUAUAUAGUUCUAGGUUGAUGCUUUAUUUUCUGUUCAUAUGGUAAAGAUAUUAUUCUACAUGCAGAGUUGUCUACUGCCAGUUUUAUUUGUGGUAAUUUGAAGAAAAUAUUUUUCUUCUGGCUGCAUUGGAUUUUCUGUCUUUGGUGUCACAUCUUAAUUUCUAAGUCUAGAUGGUGAUUACUUUUUAUUUAUUCUGUUUUGGACACGUGUUUCCUGAUUCAGAAUUUUGUCUUCAUGAGGUCUAGAAGAUUCUGAGCCCUUUGUUCUUUAAAUGCUUUCUCUCUGGUUUUAUCUAGUUUCUCCUUCCGGAAAUUUAACUGGGAUAUAUGUGUUAGACUGUUUCUAGAUCACUUACUUUUCAUCUUUCAUACUUUUCAUUUCCUUGUAUCUUUGCCAGAACUUAAAGUGCUGGGUAAUUUCAUCAGGCAUAUGUUCUUGUUCGUUAAUUUUCUCUUCAGCUGUGCCUGAUCACCUCUUUGACCCAUCCAUUUUAUUUUUUUUAACAAUUACAUUUUUAACUUCUUAAAGUAUGAUGUGGUUCUUUUUUAGCUAUACCUAGUCAUUUUUUAUAGUCUCAUGUUGCUCAUUUUUUUGAAUCUAUAGAUAUUCUUUAGACUGGCAAUCCCAAUGUCUUAUAUCCUCCAGGGUCUACAUUUAUUGCUUGUUUUUUCUGUUGCCUCCCUUAUGAUGGGCUGUCACCUCCUAUGCUUAGAGAUUUUCAAUUAUGAACUCUUACUUGAUUGCUCUUCCUAUGUGGGAAUCUUGAGAGUCUGAUUUGGGGAGACUUUCCUUCCGAUAAAAUUUGUAUCAGCCUUGGCUGGGAGCUUUAUGUGGGACUACCUUUCAGUUCUCUCACUUUGCUCCUGGCCCAUGGCUCAGUGUCCCAUCCCACUAUUGCUCUUGUCAUCAUGACUUGUUGACUGUCAGGUUUAGUUUCUAGCUAGAGGUUUGUUGCUUUGGGGGAAAAGGGUGGCUUUAAAUGUUCCCUAUUUCUGUGAGCUCCCACAAAAUUUAAAAUACCUAGCAUCCACUUUGUUUUGCAGUCAUGGAGUGCCCCAUUAGUUCAUCAUAACUGAUGGGAUCAGACGUCCUUUACAUUAGUUUUUAAUUUUUGUAGUAUAUUCAUUUUAGUUUGUAUUAUGAAAAAAAUUCUGUCCUACCAAACAUAAGAUUUCUUGGUGAUAACAAAUUUUUUAUUAAAACAAGUUUACAUCUAAGUUAAAAGUUGAGUUACUCUUAAUAAAAAUAUUAAAUAGGUAACAGUACAGUUGGCGAGUGGACUUGGCAAAGUUUUCUACUUUGGGGUAUGUGAAUUAAAAAUUUGGGAAACACUGAGAUAGGAAAUCAAGAUGAGUAGGGCACAGUGUAUCCUCUGGACCCAUAGUGAAUCUGCAGAGAGAAACCUGUAAUGACCAAACAGUGAGAAAAUUGCUGUCAAAAAGAUAUGGGCAGGGUGCUCAGGGCUUACAGAGAAGAGGUGCAAAAAGAAACUUGGUGGUGAGAAGUUCAGGAAAUGCUUCCUGGAAUCAAGUAUUAAGGACUGGUAGGCAUUCUGGUUGCAGAAUAAGGUUUGUUUAGAAGUGACAGGCUGCUGAGUAUGACUGGCUUCUACGUUGUGUGCCAUGGAGUGACUAGAAAAAUGCAGGAAUAGGAUCACUAAAGGCCUUCCGUGCUAUGGUAGGGAGUUUGAACUUUAUUUUGAAGAUGAAGAGAAGCUACUGAAGUAUUUUAAGCAGUAAAAUAUUAUGAUCAGAGUUUUAGGGGAUGCCAAGGUUGAAGGCAGGUCACCAGUUAGGAGACUGCUUAUUUAAGUAGUUCAGAGUAGAAAAGAUGGAGCUACAACCGAGGCAGUGGCACUGGGCAUGAAGAGGUAUAUAUGUGCUAAUUUUGGAUUUUUUAGAGGAGUGGAAAUGAUAGGACUUUGUGGUCAGUUUGGUUAGGAAUGUUGAAGGAAACUGGGGAGUCUAGAUUGACCUCCAGAUUUCUGGUUGGGGAACCAGGUGGCUUACAGAACAAUUAACUGGUAACAUACAGAAAGAGGAAAGAACUUGGUUUCAUUUGUUCUUGAGGGAAAAGAUGUUUGUUUUCGAACUUACUAAUUCUGAGAGGCUUGUGGGACAUCUUGGUUAAGAUCCAGUAGCAGUUGACAGGAUCUAGAAGUCAUGAGAUGCAACCUAGCCUGGAGAGAUUUGAGAGCCUUAAGCACUUGGACAUUUCAGCCAUGGUUUGCUGCAGUGAGUAUGAGAUAAAGUGGUACAUAGAUAAAAAAAUUUUAAUAGGAAUUUACUCUAACAUGUCUGAAAAACAUAAACUGUACUUCAAACCUAUUAUAUCAUGGAUAUUAUCACUUAGGCCAAGUGAGCCCAAUAAAAGAGAAAUAUUAAGUAAAUAAAAUACAUGUGAUCUGUGGAAAUGGCAAAAAUUGUGGUGAAGAUAUGCAAAUGAUGGAAGUUCAGAAAGUGCUGUUUUAAGCCGUGGGUGUGGUGGAUAAGGUCACCCAAGGAGAGUAAGCGUGAGAAGAAAAGAGAGUUGACAUUUGGGUGGCGGGGAAUGGAGAAGAAGAGCCCAUGGAGACUGAGGAAGAGCAGCCAGAAGAAUAGGAGGAGAACCAGGAGAAGAUGGUCUUUGGAGUCCAAAUGAAGAGUUCUGAGAAGGAGGAAGUGGUCAACAGCGUCAAGGUGGUGCACCAUGGAUGAUUUUGCCCUGGGAAAUUUCACUGUAGCAGAUUAUGCCUUGUUAGAAGAUUGCCCUUAUGUGGAUGAUUGUGUCUUUGCCUCUGAUUUUAUGUCCAAUGAUUAUGUUCGUGUGACGCAACUUUACUGUGACGGAGUGGGUAGACAAUAUAAAGAUUAUACCCAAAGUGAGGGGAACUUAGAAUUUGACAUCUGCACUAUGUGGUGUAGUAAACCUAUUUCUGUCCUGCAAGAUUACUGUGAUGCCAUUAAAAUACACGUCUUCUGGCCACUCCUGUUUCAACGUCAGCACAGUUCUGUAAUAUCACGGUUGCAUCCCUGUGUGGAGGCCAGCAGUUCUCAUGCUUCUGAGAUAAGUUUGAAGAAAUUACAACAUCUUGAGUUGAUGGAAGAUAUUGUGGAUUUGGCAAAGAAGGUUGUGAAUGAUUCAUUCUUUAUUGGAGGCUUAUUGAGAAUUGGUUAUAAAAUAGAAAAUAAAAUCUUGGCCAUGGAAGAAGCUUUGAAUUGGGUGAAAUACACAGGCGAUGUUACAAUUUUACCUAAAUUAGGAGCAGUUGACAAUUGUUGGCCUAUGUUAAGUAUUUUCUUUACUGAAUACAAGUAUCACAUAACUAAAGUUGUAACAGAAAACUGCAAUUUGCUUGAAGAAUUUAAAACUCAAAGUUGUGCGGAGUGUCUAGAGCAAGGAGAACUAAUGAAAAUGAAAGGAAAUGAAGAGUUUUCCAAAGAAAGAUUUGAUAUAGCUAUUAUCUAUUACACCAGAGCCAUUGAAUGUAGACCUGAAAAUCACCUUCUUUAUGGUAACCGAGCUCUCUGUUUUCUUCGCACUGGACAGUUUAGAAAUGCACUUGGUGAUGGAAAGAGAGCUAUUAUUCUGAAGAACAAUUGGACAAAGGGUCAUUAUCGUUAUUGUGCUGCUCUUUCUAUGCUGGGGGAAUAUGACUGGGCCCUGCAAGCAAACAUAAAAGCUCAAAAACUGUGUAAAAAUGACCCUGAGGGAAUCAAGGAUCUAAUUCAGCAGCAUGUAAAGUUACAAAAACAAAUAGAAGACCUGCAAGGUCGAACACCAACUAGGAAUCCAAUUAAAGCCUUCUAUGAAAGCAGGGCCUACAUACCUAGUUUAUCAGCACCUGCAUUUAGUACUUCACUUAACUUUGUGGAGACUGAAAAAAGUUCCAGAAACACUAAUCACGAAAUGGCAAACGGUGGUAAUCAGAAUCCAAAGGUGGUAGAUGAAGCUUUGAAGGUAGAUGAUUGUGACUGUCAUCCUGAAUUUCUACCACCGUCAAGUCAGCCUCCGAAAUAUAAAGGAAAACAAAAAUCCCGAAACAAUGAAUUGGAGAAGUUCAGUUCUGGCUCACAAGGGAGUUUACCAGUAGAUUUGAAAAACAUCUUGGAGAAACAGUUUUCUAAAUCUUCCAGAGCUGCACACCAGGAUUUUGCUAAUAUAAUGAAAAUGCUGAGAAGCUUAAUCCAGGAUGGCUACACGGCUUUGUUGGAGCAGCGCUGCCGCAGUGCUGCGCAGGCCUUCACAGAGUUGCUCAACGGUUUAGAUCCUCAAAAAAUAAAGCAAUUGAACCUGGCCAUGAUUAACUACGUCUUAGUAGUCUACGGACUUGCCAUUUCACUCCUUGGAAUAGGACAGCCUGAGGAAUUAUCUGAAGCAGAAAACCAGUUUAAGAGGAUGAUUGAACACUACCCCAAUGAGGGACUUGAUUGCUUGGCCUACUGUGGAAUUGGAAAAGUGUAUCUGAAAAAAAACAGAUUUCUAGAAGCUCUUAAUCAUUUCGAGAAAGCAAGAACCUUGAUCUGUCGUCUUCCUGGAGUGUUAACUUGGCCCACAAGUAAUGUGGUUAUUGAAGAGACUCAGCCAGGGAAGAUAAAGAUGCUGUUAGAGAAAUUUAUUGAAGAAUGCAGGUUCCCUCCAGUGCCAGAUGCCAUUUGUUGCUAUCAGAAGUGCCGUGGAUAUUCCAAAAUCCAGAUAUAUAUAACUGAUCCAGACUUUAAGGGUUUUAUAAGAAUCAGCUGUUGCCAGUACUGUAAAAUAGAAUUUCACAUGAACUGUUGGAAGAAGUUAAAAACAACAACCUUUAAUGAUAAAAUUGACAAGGAUUUUCUACAAGGAAUUUGUCUUACUCCUGACUGUGAAGGAAUCAUUUCAAAGAUUAUCAUCUUCAGCAGCGGUGGUCAGGUUAAAUGUGAAUUUGAACACAAGGUCAUUAAAGAAAAGAUUCCUCCAAGACCUAUUCUGAAACAGAAAUGUUCUAGCCUAGAGAAGUUAAGGCUGAAAGAAGACAAAAAAUUGAAGCGAAAGAUCCAGAAAAAGGAAGCAAAAAAAUUAGCACAAGAAAGAUUGGAAGAGGACCUAAGGGAAAGUAAUCCACCUAAAACUGAGGAGCAGAAAGAAACUGUAGACACUGUUCAGAGUUGCCAGUUCCUUGAUGACAGAAUUCUGCAGUGCAUAAAGCAGUAUGCUGACAAGAUUAAGUCCGGGAUACUGAAUACCUCCACGCUUCUCAAAGAGUUGCUUUCUUGGAAGGUUUUAACCACAGAAGACUACACAACCUGCUUUUCUAGCAGAAAUUUUCUGAAUGAAGCAGUGGACUAUGUCAUUCGUCAUUUGAUUCAAGAAAAGAAUAGAGUAAAGACAAGGGUGUUUCUGCAUGUUUUGAGUGAGCUUCAGGAAGUGGAGCCAAAACUAGCCACCUGGAUCCAGAAACUUAAUAGCUUUGGCUUAGAUGCCACAGGACCUUUUUUUUCUCGUUAUGGGGCCGCUCUUAAGGAGCUUGAUUUUAGCAUCAUGACUUUUCUCUGGAAUGAGAAGUACAGUCAUAAACUAGGCUCUAUAGAAGGAAAGCAGCUUGAUUAUUUCUAUGAGCCAGCAUCAUUGAAGGAAGCACGAUGUUUAAUAUGGCUGCUGGAAGAACACAGAGACAAGUUCCCAUCACUGCAUAAUGCUUUGGACGAAUUCUUUGAUAUAAUGGACAGCCGCUGCACUGUAUUGAGGAAACAGGACAGUGGUGAUGUGCCAUUUAAUUCUACCAAGAUGAAAAACAAAGGCAAGAAAAAGAAGCCAAAAGAUUCAAAGCCAAUGUUAGUCGGGUCUGGAACAACUUCAGUUGCACCAAAUAAUGAGACUACCACUUCAGGUGAAGACCAUAACAAACGCAAUUCAAAUUCUGCGGGCCCAUUUGUAGUACCUGACCACCUUCGGCAAGAUGUUGAAGAAUUUGAAGCUCUGUAUGAACAGCAUAGUAAUGAAUAUGUUGUCCGUAAUAAGAAGCUGUGGGACAUUAACCCAAAACAAAAGUGCUCAACUCUAUAUGAUUAUUUCUCUCAGUUGUUGGAGGAACAUGGUCCCUUGGAGAUGAGUAACAAGAUGUUUUCUGAAGAAUAUGAGUUCUUUCCAGAAGAAACUCGACAGAUACUAGAAAAAGCAGGAGGUUUGAAAUCUUUUCUCCUGGGAUGUCCUCGUUUUGUUGUGAUUGAUAACUGUAUUGCAUUGAAGAAAGUUGCAUUACGGCUCAAGAAGAAGAGAAAGAAGAAAAACAUUAAGACAAAAGUAGAAGAAAUUUCGAAAACUGGAGAGUAUUUACGAGUUAAACUACCGCUGAAUCCAGCUGCUAGGGAAUUUAAGCCAGACGUACAAUCCAAACCAGUGUCUGACUUGCCUUCAGCACCAGCUUCUGAGGAUGCAAAGCCCCAACCUGCAUCUGCUAAUUCUCCCCAGUCUGCUUGUGAAGCUGUGAAGCCAAAACCAGUUUCCGAUAAUUCUUCCAGAUCAGUUUCUGAGGAUGAGACGCCCAAAGGGGUGUCCUCUGAUUCUCCCAAACCAGUCUCUGAGGAGACAAGUCACAAGCAAGUCUCCUGUAAUUCUCCCAAACCAGUUCCUGAGGAUGUGAAACCAACCUAUUGGACUCAACCCCAGUUGGUCACAGGAUACUGUACAUAUCUUCCCUUUCGGGGAUUUGACAUUACCCAGACACCACCAGCAUUUAUAAAUGUGUUACCGACUUUGCCCCAGUACAGCAUUUACACACCUCUGGCCGGCGUUUCUUCUGAAUAUCAGCUGCAGAGAUCAAUACCAGUGGUGCCGUCUUUUGUAGCCAGUGACGUAACAGAAGUGCAUUUUGAUGGUCAGCAUUUCAGUGCUGAGAAUGCCCCUGGUCACCAGAUUGCCUCUGAAACACAGAGCCUUCAGGAGUCUUUGGAAAUACCAGUAAAGUCACAGUGCAUCACGGAUGGUGCUGAUACAGCCCAGAGUGAGUCUGACAGAAAUGAUGGCCGCUGCGAAAAUUUUGCCCACUGGGAAGUAAAUCUAGAACGCACCGAUGAAGGAACAAAUAUUGCACGAACACAAGUGGUUGCCAUACAGGUGUCUUGGAAUAUAACACAUCAAGAGGUCAAUACUGAGCCGUAUGAUCCCUUUGAGGCACAACAGGGGGGUAUUUCACAGAUUGAAAAGGAGUACCAAGUUCUACAAGAGCAGCUUAAGGAAGCAUGUGAAAAUUAUGAGCAGAGAAAUAUCAAGGGCUCAGAAGAAACCAAGGACUUAGAAGGAAAGUUGAAAAGGAACAUAGAAGAAAACAAGAUCUCAAAGACAGAAUUAGAUUGGUUCGUCGAAGAUUUGGAAAAGGAAAUUAAAAAAUGGGAACAGGAGAAAAAAGAAAUCCAAGAAAGACUAAAAGCACUGAAGAAGAAAAUGAAAAAGGUUUUAAAUGGCACUGAAAUGUAUACCCAGGAAAAUGAUGGAAAGGAAAAGGAACUUGAAUUACUUCUGGAUCAGUCCCUUGAAAUCAGUAAUACAUUUACGAGUGAGAAAAUGAAAAUAGAAGAGUGUAUAACAAAAGGGAAAGAGCAUUAUGAAGAGAGUCUUCAAAGGGCUGUGGAUGCAGAGGUAUCUGUGCUUGAAAACUGGAAGGAGGAGGAAGUAUAUAAGUUACAGACCAUGGAGUCACGAGCCGAAGGGUUUCUUAAGAACCUGAAGCUAAUGAGCAGUGAUUCUGCAGCAUAUCCUGACAUGGAAUCUGACGUAUAUUUAUGGGAAUCAUUUCUUUCUAAUGUUAGAGAAGAAAUUGAGAAAGCAAAGUCUCAGUUUGACGAACAAAUUCAAGCAAUUAAAAAUGGUUCUCAGCUCAGUGAACUUUCUAAAGUGCAGAUUUCUGAGCUUUCGUUUCCUGCCUGUAAUGCGAUCCAGCCUAAGUUACUUCCUGAAUCUUCAGGCCAUGAUGAUCAGCAUCCCUCCACUUCUACAAGUCACGGGGCUGGAGACCAAGCAGCAGUUCCCGAGGGGUCGAUUCUGGUAGCUGCCACUGAUGGCCCAGGGGAGUUGCCCUCCCUCGAGCCGGAAGCUACCCGGCUGCCAGAGUGUGAGAGCGCUGGCCAGGCAGCGUGGUCAGAACCAAGCCCGGUGGCUGGUCAGAGGUUACCUGUUGCUCCAGGAUGUGCCACCCGCUCAAGCCAGUCUCCAAAGAAGCCUUUCAAUAGUAUUAUCGAGCAUCUGUCAGUGGUGUUCCCGUGUUACAGCAGCACCGAGCUUGCUGGUUUUAUUAAAAAAGUGAGAAACAAAAACAAGAACUCACUAUCUGGAUUCAGCAUUGACGAAAUUGUCCAGAGAGUGACAGAACACAUUCUAGAUGAAGAGAAAAAGAAAAAGCCAAGUCCAGGAAAGGACAAGAGGCCACCUGAGCCCAGCUCUGCUGCUUCUGUGACCAGGGCCACCCAGGGCCCACUCGCCGUGGUUGUCGGAUCAUCACCCAAAACCAAGGGGCAGAAGACAGAGGAUGUGCCUGUGUCUGGUGCAAAUUCCUGUGAAAUAUGCCGAGAAGUAUUCAAAUCCAAAAAUGUGCGUGUGCUGAAAUGUGGGCACAAGUUUCACAAAGGGUGCUUCAAGCAAUGGCUUAAGGGGCAGAGCACUUGUCCAGCCUGCCUGGAUCGAGAUCUCCUGUCAGAAGAGUAGCCUGCCCUUUGGAAGAGGCCUGCCUGCGAUUCUAGGUAGUUACUAAAGAGUGUAUACUGUUUGUUGAGUUGGAAGAAGGAGAGUAUACUACCUUUGGUAUGAGGCAACAUCAGAGAUUCUUUGCACUGUGUGUCACAGUGCUAGUAAAUGGAAAUCUUUACUGUAGUUGAGAGUAAGUAAUUUCCCAAGUCUGACUAGACACUUUAACAAUCGCCAAAUGGUGGCUGAUAACAGUUCUGGGUAACCACAUCCUUACGUUAUUGGGGCUGCUGCAGAGCGCUCUCUGAGAUGGAAGGAAAAUAACAGUGAGUGCCUCAAAGCAGAACUUGAAUUAUAAGUAUCCUUGACCUUUUACAGCGCCCUAUGUUAAAGGUUUUUGACAUCAGUAUUCCUGAACAAAUGCCUACAUUUUUCCUCAGAGAUUCUGCAUUUAAAUAAAUGGGCUUAAGCAAACCACAUUUUAAUAGGUUGUAGUUAAUGUUAAAAUAUUGGCUGAUUUAGACCAAAAAAUUCAAAUCUCUUCAUGUGAUUUUGAUUUAUUUCAUUAUUUUAUUUUGCCCCAGUAGAUUUGUAGGUGCUUGUCUUUCAUCUUUUAAAGACAUAAUGAUUUUUGAAAAUCAAUUGCAAAACAUUAGCAUCAGCCAAGACUUUUUUUUUUUUUUAACCCCUGUAAUCGAGGCUACAUAUUCAUCCUCCCAACCCCCAUUUGGAACUUACUCUUUGAAUACCUUACUGUCCUCAUUAGUGACGUUUGCCUUCUUUAUGACUUACACAACAAGUGUCUGUGUAUCUCUGUGUAGCACACAGUUGGCACUUUCCUUAUCCCACCAUCAAAAAGAGACACUUGUGUAAUUAGACAAUCCUGAGGUGUCCCUGUUACAGUCGUUAAGUGUUUGACCUUUGUGUAAAGUAAUGCAUGCACUCUUGUACUGUGACCUGAGAACAAAACUGUUAUUGCAUUAGAAACUAUUAAAAAAUUAGUUAUCAUUAGUGACUUACAGACUGUAGCAAACAUAGAAAUAUGAAUUUUGGACACAUUCCAUUUCUCUCAAGCAGGAAGGAUCAAAAAAUGUUUUUCCGUGCAUUCGUUGUUCCCCUCUAGAAGUUCACAAUCCCAAGUUCAUGAGCUGAUUUGGUUGCCUCCCUCUGCCUUGGUUCUCCAUGAGUUUUGAUGUCUUAGUGACUUAGUGCAUAGAAAUUCAUCCAUAUUUUGAAGCAGGUCCCUAAAACAUUGUCUGCAUGUUCAUAAUAACUGAGGACUUGUAUACAUGGAGAUACAUAGGGACCAGUUUGUGGCAGCAGGUACAAAGGGAAAGAAAAGCAGCGGGAGCGUGAGAGAAUCUGUUUCGUACAUAAUUUUAAGUACUUGUGAACAUGCCUUAAGUGUCCUGUAAGUGUCGAAAUAAAGAGUAUUCUAA